GUGCGAACAUCUCUGAGAAGUGCUCCUUAUUCGUGGAUACUACGGUAUACUUCUGUAAAUCUGCAAUGGCUCUGGCAUACGAUCAAGUCAUUACCGACGCCAACGGAGUUGAUGGCAGCGAGCGCAGCAGCAGCUGCAGCAGCGCUGACGCUUCAGGUUCUCAACAGGAGAACGGCAGCCGCUUGAACGGACAUAUGAACAGCCCUACUGUUCCUACGAAAACGAAGGGCAAGUCUCGUAACAAAAACAAAAACCGUCGCCGGAAUAAAAAACAAAGAAGCGAGUCAAGCUCAAAUUCGCGGACAAGUAGCUCUCCUUCACAAAAUUCGAACGCUGCCGUGCCAGUUCAAAACUCAGUCUCAAGCUCGGUCAAGAGUUCGACAUCGCCGAAGAAGUCGACCCAGAACAACGCUUCCCCUGCCCCUGAAAUAGUGCAGAUCUCUGUGGUAGGAACUUCUUCACUUACCAACAUUCCAUCAUCGAGUGGAUCUGAUCCUCAGAAAAGAACCGAAUCGCCUCAUAAAGCUCCAGUGCCAUCAGUUCCCAAGACUCCCGAAAGAGCUCAUUCAAAAAAUACUGCCUCACACACUUCAGAAGCUGCGGGUGCUAUUACAACCAAAAGGCGUACCUCCGGAUCAUCUUCAUUGGUUGUGGCUAGACCGCAAGUCACGGCGAUCUUGCCGACAAUGCGGAAACCUGCUGUUGUUGUGAACCCGUUCACUUCUUGUUCCGUAGUUCCUGAGAAUAAAGUUGUUUCGUUGUCAGUCGAUGAAGCCAUCAACGACGGCGGUUCUUCCCGACACAAUCCCCCAACUCCUGCUCCUUGGCGCGGUGCAACAGCUGAGGGAACCGUGGAGAUGAGCGAGGCUCAGGAGAACGCCACGUGGCCGGCGCUGAAGCCAGUGGCAACACCUGCCGUUGUUCCCGCUGAAACCAAAAGCAAGAAGAAGAACAAGCAGAAAAACUACACGAAAACAGAGAACAGGUCUUUGUCCCGGCCCAGUGGAGCCGACGACGCUACUUCAUCGUCCUCAAACGAGCAACCCUCGUCUCAAAACGGACCGUCUGAAGGCACCUCGUCUCGUGAGGGCACCUCGUCUCUUGAGGGCACCUCGUGUCGUGAGGGCACCUCGUCUCUUGAGGGCACCUCGUCUCGUGAGGGCACUUACCCCCGUGAGGGCACCUUGCCCCGCGAGGCAACGGCGAGAACUCUCCUCCAAACCCAGUGA